AUGGCUUCGCCGUAUGGUCACAAGCCUCGUCGGCGAAGAAAGAUUGAAGAGGGCUCUCUUGCUCACGUGACCCACGGCACUCUCGACUUAGACCAGUCCAGCCAGGCUCGCAAGCCCGCAUUUCCCCUCGUUGCUUUCCUCUGGCCCGUCAAGGGUGUAGUCUCUCAAUGGAUCACCAUACCUUUGAUCCUCAUGGUAGUAGGGCUCUUCCGGUGGACAACUGGUCUUUGGGGAUAUUCUGGCUUCAAUUCACCACCCAUGCACGGAGACUUUGAAGCUCAGCGGCAUUGGAUGGAACUUACUCAACAUCUCCCCGUUUCGCAUUGGUAUUUCUACGACCUCGGGUGGUGGGGUUUAGACUAUCCACCUCUUACCGCAUACCAUAGCUGGCUUUUGGGCGUCAUUGGUUCCGCUAUCAACCCUCAGUGGUUCGCUCUAUUCGACUCCCGAGCGCUUGACGAUCCAUUGUUGAAGAUUUAUAUGCGUGCCACCGUUCUUGUUUCCGAAUACCUCAUCUACGUUCCGGCUACGAUCAUCUACUUGCGACGAUACUCCCGAGCCGAAAAGGUCAAUGUGUGGGAAGCCACGAUCGCCCUUGUUGCGAUCCUCAUGCAGCCUGCGACGUUACUGAUUGACCAUGGACACUUUCAGUACAAUACCGUUAUGCUGGGUCUUACAGUGGCGAGCUUGUCGAGCAUUCAGGCUGGACGCCACUUGUGGAGUUGCGUGUUUUUCGUGGGGGCCCUUGGCUUCAAACAGAUGGCAUUGUUCUAUGCGCCUGCUGUCUUUGCCUAUCUCCUCGGCGUCUGCGUGUUCCCGCGGAUCAACAUGAUGAGGCUCUUCUUGAUCGCCGUUACUACAGUCGCGGCUUUUGCGCUUCUCUACCUACCAUUCCUUGCUGGAGUCGCAUACGACGCUUAUAAGAAGGUGCCGCUCAAGGGCCUCCCGCUUCCUCCGUUACUGGAGACUCUCCCAAUAUCUUUGGACUCUGAGGCUUGGUACUACCCCUACGUCUUAGAGCUGGCCCAGUCAGUUCACAGAAUCUUCCCGUUCGCACGAGGACUGUUCGAAGACAAGGUUGCCAAUAUCUGGUGCACCAUUCACACCUUCCACAAGCUUCACAGAUAUUCUGGUCCUCUUCUUCAACGCGCCGCUCUUGUCGCAACCCUAGCCACGAUCACACCGCCAUGUCUCAUCAUCUUCCUCAAGCCACGCAAGCAGCUGGUUCCUCUUGCUUUUGCUACCACUGCUUGGGGCUUUUUCCUGUGUUCGUACCAGGUCCACGAGAAGAACGUUCUGCUGCCGCUUCUACCAAUGACCGUCUUGUUGAGUGGACAGGGCGGCCUACUACCUUCUAUCCGUGCUUGGGUAGGCUUGGCCAACAUGCUCGGUGUUUGGACAAUGUUUCCGCUGCUGAAGAGAGACGAACUCAGAGUGCCAUACUUCGUCAUUUCGUUGCUCUGGGCUUACCUGCUUGGGUUGCCACCUGUGUCAUUUUCCGCCUACCAUGAGGGAACUUCGGGUGGUCUCAGCCUGUUCACAAAGAUCUUACACCUCAACAUCUAUGUCGCUAUGGUAGGGUGGCACAUCGCGGAAGCUUUCUUCGUUCCACCUGCAGACAAACCGGAUUUGUGGAUUGUGGCGAACUCCAUCAUCGGUUGCGGAGGCUUCGGUCUCUGCUAUCUGUGGUGCCUAUGGACGCUCCUCGACAAGAGCGGGUUAUUGGGCUCGGGGGCAAAGAGUAAGAAGCAGUAA